AUGAGGAAGGAGCGUUUUCCAGUCCAAAGGUGCAAUAAACUCCUUCCAAGGGGCAAUGGUCCAUUUCAAGUGAUGGAACGAAGUAAUGACAAUGCUUACAAACUUGAUCUCCCAGAUGACGAGCUUGAUUUGGGGACAAAUCGCCUUCAAGAGGAGGGGAAUGAUAAAGGGGCACAAGUGAUCAAGGGUGACCAAGUUACAAAUGAUCCAGACAUAUCUAAAUUUGAUUCCAGGAAGGAUGAAGGGCAGGAAGUUCUGUUGGUCCGUGCCUACGGCUUAUCGUUUUUCACUCUUGGAAUAAAUUUAAGGAAUGGCCGCUUCCUUCUUCACUCAUCUAAGAAUACUGUCUCACCAUCUGAACUUUUGGAGUGUGAAGAAGCUCUAAACCAAAGAACUAUGACUGCUGCACAAGUUUUUAUGAGCUUGAGAAGCAAAAGCAUUUCACACUUGUUUGCAUGUGUUGGAAGGUCCUUGGGCCUGGAGGUCUUUGAACGUGGUUUUGCAUCGUUGAAGUUACCUAAGAAUAUUUCAAAUGGUUCAAGUGUGUUGCUGAUGAGUUUUCCAGAGUGUGGGAGUUAUUAUUUGCUGAUGCAACUUGAGAAGGAUUUCAAACCGCUGUUUAACUUAAUAGAAACUCAGCCAGAUCCUUCAGGGAAAGCUGAAUCUUUUAGCGACUUGAAUAAUAUCAUUCGUGUAAAAGAUGUUGAUAUUGGUCAGAUGCAGAUGUGUGAAGAUGACCUCAAUCUAAGCCUCCUUGACUGUGGAAAAUUACUAUCUGUUUUACCUAGUCUCAGUCCUAACCGGACUUCUGAACAAAGUCUUCUUUCUGAAUUCACCUUGGAGGGAUCUGCACUUGCCUCUAGCUUUCCCUCAAAGUUUUCAUCAAUUGUGGAUGAAAUAUUUGAGCUGGAGAAAGGGUCAUCUGCCGCCAAUCUCUCUGGUCAGGGCCCAAGUCUGGGUUCAACAUAUGGUACUUCUCCUGCAUCUCAUUUUGGUGCUGGAGGCAUGAAUCUCCAUUCUACAAAAGUUGGAACGCCAUCUCCUAAGUGGGAUGGUGGUUCACAGGUACCGACCAGAUUGUCUGGUAUGCCACCUAGUUAUAGUGGUUCCAUCUACACUGGGAGCCAUUAUAGGGGCUUGAUACAGUCAGGUUCUACUGGUUCCAUUUCCGUUGGCCCUGGAAGAAGUCAGGUGAAGAACUUAUCCUCCUCAAAGUCUGAUCAAGAUUUGACCUCUCUGAGGUCUCCACAGUCUGGUGGACUUGGGUCUUACUCAUUGAUCGAUGAACAUCAGAUAACAACUCCCGGAAUUCGUACAGCUGGACAUUUGUCUCCCUCUCCUCAACUUGGCCUUCCUGCUUCUGGAGCAAGUGCAAAACCUAUUGGAGCUAGAAAUUCAUCCGGCAAUGCUAUACCUGGAAAUCUUAGAGUUUCUGGAUUUAAUUCAUUGGUUGCGUCACCCGUAUCUCAAACACCAGAUUCCAAUUGUAUGAAUUCAAAUCUUGAUACUGUUCCACGACAAGAGAAAAUGUCAAGAAAGCGUACGCUGACAGAUUUGUUGAGCUCUCUCCCAUCACUUCAACAUCUAGAGGCUAAUGACAAAUCUUACAAGAGAAGGAGAAUAGUGGAAUGGAGACCUCAACAACUUACUUCACAGAUGCUCAUUACCUCAGAACUUUUUCGAAAAACUGAGGGAUACAGUUAUGGAGAUCUUAUAUCUGAAGCAAAUAAGGGUAAUUUACCCUCUAGUAUAUAUGUUUCUGCUCUGCUUCACGUGGUCAGACACUGCUCACUUUGUAUUAAGCAUGCCCGACUAACCAGUCAGAUGGACGCACUUGAAAUUCCAUAUGUUGAAGAAGUGGGUCUAAGAAGUGCAUCCUCAAACUUGUGGUUUCGUCUUCCAUUUGCAAGAGGUGAUACAUGGCAGCAUAUAUGCUUACGAUUGGGGAGACCUGGAAGUAUGUAUUGGGAUGUGAAAAUUUGUGAUCAACACUUCGGGGACUUGUGGGAACUUCAGAAAGGAAUGAGUAAUUCUCCAUGGGGUCCUGGUGUUCGUAUUGCUAAUACAUCUGAUGUUGAUGCUCAUAUUCGGUAUGAUGCUGAAGGUGUUGUUUUGAGUUACCAUUCUGUUGAGGCUGAUAGUAUUAGGAAACUAGUAGCCGAUAUCGAAAGGCUUUCUAAUGCUAGAACCUUUGCCCUUGGAAUGCGAAGUCUACUUGGAGUACGGACAGAUGAGAAAUUUGAAGAAAAUGCUACUGCCUCUGAUGUUAAAGCACCAGGUGGUGUGAAAACUGUACUAGACAUGGCUGACAAAUUUUCUGAACAGAUGAGGAGGGCAUUUAAAAUUGAAGCUGUUGGACUCAUGAGUUUAUGGUUCAGUUUUGGAUCUGGAGUACUUGCUCGCUUUGUUGUUGAAUGGGAAUCAGGCAAAGAGGGCUGCACAAUGCAUGUUUCUCCUGACCAACUUUGGCCCCACACCAAGUUUUUGGAAGAUUUCAUCAAUGGUGCUGAAGUUGCAUCACUUUUGGAUUGUAUACGACUGACUGCUGGACCCUUACAGGCUCUUGCUGCUGCCACACGUCCUGCACGAGCUGCUCCUGUUUCAGGAGUUUCUGGUGUUGCAGCACCUAUCUCCUCUAUGUCAAGACAGAGUGGAUAUGUUCCGUCUCAGGGUCAGCUGCCAAGCAUUGCAACACCCAAUGCUAGUCAGGCUGCAUCUGUUCCCGCAGGAAAUGCUUCUGCCUCUGUAACUUCAGGUCCUCUUGCUUCUCAAAAUCCUCAUACUACUGCAAUGUUGGCAGCUGCAGCUGCCGCUGCCGCUGGGAGAGGUGGUCCUGGCAUUGUUCCUAGUUCAUUGUUGCCAAUUGAUGUCUCUGUAGUACUCCGUGGUCCCUACUGGAUACGGAUUAUAUAUCGGAAAAAUUUUGCUGUUGACAUGCGAUGUUUUGCCGGAGAUCAGGUUUGGUUGCAACCUGCAACGCCACCCAAAGGGGGACCGUCUGUUGGAGGAUCACUUCCAUGUCCACAAUUCCGGCCCUUUAUAAUGGAGCAUGUUGCUCAGGAAUUGAAUGGCAUAGAUUCCAGUUUUGCUGGUGGUCAACAAACAGUUGUUCUAGCCAAUGGUAGUAGUUCAAAUCCAAGUACAGUUUCACAGCUUUCAGCCUCCAAUGGAAACAGAACCAAUCUCGCAAAUUCUGCUGGAAUAUCUCGGUCAGCAAAUGCUGUUUCUGGUCUAAAUCGCAUGGGAAAUGCUGUUCCUGCCGGAUCAAAUUUAGCUGCAGCAAACUCUGGGUUGCCAUUACGCAGAUCUCCUGGCACAGGUGUACCUGCUCAUGUAAGAGGCGAACUGAAUACAGCCAUUAUUGGGCUUGGGGAUGAUGGAGGUUAUGGGGGUGGAUGGGUCCCUCUUGUUGCCCUCAAGAAGGUUCUUCGAGGUAUUCUCAAAUAUCUGGGAGUGUUGUGGCUAUUUGCACAGUUACCAGAGCUUUUGAAAGAGAUCCUCGGUUCAAUCCUAAAGGAUAAUGAAGGUGCACUUUUGAAUUUGGAUCAGGAGCAACCAGCAUUACGCUUCUUUAUCGGGGGUUAUGUUUUUGCUGUUAGUGUACACAGGGUUCAACUUCUUCUCCAAGUUAUUAGUGUAACUAGAUUUCACCAUUCCCAGCGGCAGCAGCAGAAUUCAGCAACUGCUCAGGAUGAAUUGACUCCGUCUGAAAUAAGUGAAAUAUGCGAUUACUUUAGUCGUCGCGUUGCAUCGGAGCCCUAUGAUGCUUCUCGUGUUGCUUCAUUCAUUACGCUAUUAACUCUACCAAUUUCGGUUUUAAGAGAAUUUUUGAAACUCAUUGCGUGGAAGAAAGGCUUAGCUCCAUCUCCAGGUGGAGAUUUGGCUCCUGCUCAAAAAUCCCGCAUUGAACUUUGUCUUGAGAAUCAUGCAGGCUUUACUAUGGAUGGAAAAAAUGAAAGUUCCUCUGUAUCUAAAAGCAAUAUUCACUAUGAUCGAGCACAUAAUGCUGUUGAUUUUGCACUGACUGUUGUUCUUGAUCCUGCUCACAUACCACAUAUAAAUGCUGCUGGUGGUGCUGCUUGGCUUCCUUAUUGUGUUUCUGUGAGAUUGAGAUACUCAUUUGGUGAUAAUCCUAAUGUAUCUUUCCUGGGGAUGGAGGGAAGCCAUGGAGGUCGGGCAUGCUGGCUGAGAGUUGAUGAGUGGGAAAAAUGUAAGCAGCGGGUAACCCGCACUAUGGACGUGAAUGGAUCUUCAGCCGGAGAUGGUAAUCAGGGAAGAUUGAGAGUUGUUGCCGAUAGUGUACAAAGAACAUUGCAUGGUUGCCUUCAAGGUCUGAGAGAGGGCAGCGGUGGUGCUGGCACCAUUGGAACAACAUGACCAGACAGGAUGCAAUUGACCCUUUUAGCAGAAUGUAUAUUGUGGUGCUAUUCCUCUCAUGCGUUGUUGAGUCGAGCAAUGCUACUGUUUAGCUGGUGCAGGAGAAACUUGAGUGAUGGUACACAAGAAAUUUUGAUUUAGGAAUGCAGAUUGGAAUUUAUCUAGUAGGAGCAUUUAGAACUUUGUAUUAUUGCAUGUUCAGCUAACUGGACAAAUCCACUUGGUGGUUCCCGUUGUACAGGUAAACUUCAAUGUUUGUACAAAAUUUGUCCUGCUGCAAAUUGUUGUAUAAUUUGAUGGAAGCACAAGGACAGAAAGUAUCAUCCUGUUAAAAUGUAGAUUAUUGUGGUAUAAAUUCUUUAGGUUUUUUGAGAAAA